AUGUCUUCGUUGGAUUACUUACUUCGUUCAUCUAAAUUGGUUAGUCCAAAUAAAAUUUAUGCCACUAUACCAAAUAAAAAUGACAAAACAGUUGCCAACAUUACUCCCGGCAUUAUAAAACUAUUAGAAAAUCAAGAUCCAUUCAGUAGCGUCAUUGAUUCUAUAGAACAAAAAUGUAUUACUACUAUUUUUACAAACCAAACAGUUUUGGCUCAGAGUGUUCAUCAUUUAUACAACUUGAAAGGCUAUCCUAUUGUCUUGAAUAUUGACUUAAAUCUUCACGAUUAUACCAUUAUUCCAUCUUUGAAAGAUCUAAAUUAUACCACGUUUAUUUCCACCACUACUGAAAAAUUGAUUGAAAACAAUAGUCUCGCUUAUGAAAUAGCUGCUAAAUAUAACAACCCGGUUUUACACUUUAUAGAUUCUUCUGUUUCUGUUACCAAAUUACAGACCACUAGUGUUGACUUACCCCCCCUUAGCUUGGAUCAUUAUUUCGAGGAACAAGAUGAAGAAGAUAUUACGGAACUAGGACCAUUGACUUUACCCAAUGUAGAAUUGACGAUUUCCUCCGCUAAUGCAUCUACUCUAAUUGUAAAUUUGUCUCCUUAUGGAUCCGAAUUUAUUGAUGCCUUACCUUCAAAUGCAGUGUUAGCCAAUAUUUCUGUUUACAGGCCAUGGGAUAAUAAACAAUUUUUUGAUUUGAUUCCCUCAAGCGUUACCAAAAUUGUUAUUGUCCAAAGAUCUAAUCUGGUGUCUAAUACUAAAACUUUCGAGCCUAUCUUGCUAGACUUUUUCCAAGAUUUUAAUGCUCUAAUUUCAAGAGGUAUUGAUCAGAUUUUAGUAACUAAUGUCGGUGAGUUGUCAAAAACGAAUAUUCCAAAUGUCUUGAAACAGAUUGUUGACAACGUGAACUCGGAAAAAACGGGAACCCCACCAAACCAAUCAUUAUACAUAGGUACGCCGUAUUCCGUAGAUCAAUCUCAAAAAAAUGUUGAUUUAGUUAAUAAAGUGUUUUCACUAGAACAAGCCUACUACAAAGUUUUGAGACAGUUAUUUUCAGGUGAUAACUUGAAUAUUUUGAAUCAAUAUGAUUCUGCAGAUGCUAAUAUUUCUUCCCCUGAGUUUGGUUUUGGUAAAUUUUUGAAAAUUCAACAGGAUCGUGAUUUGUUAAUCGAUUUAGCCAAAACUUUAUUGAAUCCAACUUUAUUUUCGAAUCCAAAAAUUAUAGACUUGUUAUCUAAAUGGAUCCAACUUAAUGUCGAAGGUAAAUCGGGUGAACCAGACCUAGUCGAAGCCAAUAGAUUAAGUGACGAAUUGUAUGAAUUAUUGGUUGCCGAUUCUGAUUCUAAAGGUGCCUCUCAAAUCUUAAACUUUAUCAACUUUGAUAAAAAAACAUUAUUUUUCGAAUCUACUUGGCUAAUUGGUUCUGAUGCCUGGUCCUAUGACAUUGGAGCUUCUGGGGUUCAUCACGUCUUGACCUCAAAGAAAAAUAUUAAUGUUUUAAUCAUUGAUUCUGAGCCUGUUAAUAAUGAUAAUUCUAUCAAUAAUAAGAAAUUAAGGAAAAAGGAUAUUGGUUUAUAUGCCAUGAAUUAUCACAAUGUGUAUGUUGCAUCUGUUGCUGUCUAUUCUAGUUAUACCCAGUUAUUGUCUUCCUUUAUCGAGGCCUCUCAGUUUAAUGGGCCCUCUAUUGUUUUAGCUUAUUUGCCCUACACUGAUGAAAACGAUAGUCCUUUGGAAGUCUUAAAAGAAACUAAGAAAGCCGUAGAGACUGGUUACUGGCCAUUAUAUAGAUAUAAUCCAUCAACUGCUGGGAAUCCAGAAGACGUUUUUAAGUUAGACUCUUCUGUUAUUAGAAAGGCUCUACAGGAUUUCUUGGAUCGUGAAAACAAAUUGACAUUAUUGGCUAAUGAAUCGCCUGACUUGGCUAGAAGUUUGGAAAAAUCGGCUAGUGAUGUGAUUGUUGCUAAACAAACAAGAAGAGCUGAAGCAGCUUACAAUCAACUUUUAGAUGGAUUAUCUGGUCCGCCUUUACACGUCUACUAUGCAUCAGAUGGUGGUAACGCUGCUACUUUAGCCAAGAGAUUAGCCAAUAGAGCUGCUGCACGUGGUUUGAAAUCCACUGUUUUAUCCAUGGAUGAUAUUGAUUUAGAAGAGUUGCCUGGCGAGGAAAACGUCAUUUUUAUCACUUCUACUGCGGGUCAGGGUGAAUUUCCACAAGAUGGUAAAGCAUUUUGGGAUACUCUCAAGAAUAGUGGCACUGAUUUGGAUUUAGCUUCAUUAAAAUUUUCUGUUUUCGGUUUGGGUGAUUCUAAAUAUUGGCCACGUAAGGAAGAUGCCCAUUAUUACAAUAAACCAUCCAAAGACUUGUUCAAGAGAUUGGAAUUAUUAUCAGCAACACCAAUCAUUCCAUUGGGUUUGGGUGAUGACCAAGAUGCUGAUGGCUUCCAAACUGGGUAUGCUGAAUGGGAAAAACAAUUAUGGGAUGCUUUAGGUGUGUCUAAUAUUGCUGUUCCAGAUGAACCUAAACCAAUUACAAAUGAGGAUAUGAAACUUGCUUCCAACUUUUUAAGAGGUACCAUUGUAGAAGGUUUGGCUGACGAGUCAACUGGCGCCAUUUCUGCUUCCGAUCAACAAUUGACUAAAUUUCAUGGUAUUUAUAUGCAAGAUGAUCGUGACGUUAGGGAUGUUAGAAAAGCACAAGGUUUAGAGCCUUAUUAUAUUUUUAUGAGUAGAAUUAGAUUACCUGGUGGGAAGGCCACCCCAGACCAAUGGCUAAUUUUAGACAGAUUGGCAGAUGAAGUUGGCAAUGGCACUGUUAAACUAACUACUAGAGCCACAUUCCAACUACAUGGUAUUGUUAAGAAAAAUUUAAAGCAUUCCAUUAGAGCCAUGAAUUCGACAUUGAUGGACACUUUAGCUGCUUGUGGUGAUGUAAAUAGAAAUGUCAUGCUUUCUGCUUUACCAGUCAAUGCUAAAGUUUAUGCCCAAGUUUCUGAAAUUGGUUAUAAGAUUUCAGAAUAUUUAUUGCCUCAAACUACUGCUUACCAUGAAAUUUGGUUGAAGGGCCCAGAUCCAAAAGAUUAUGAUCCUUCAUGGCCAUCUAUUUUCCAAAAUAGAAAAGACGGUCCAAAGAAAACAUUGGUUGGAGGUAACGCUUUAGUUGAUGUUGAACCUUUGUAUGGACCAACAUAUUUACCAAGAAAAUUCAAGAUUAAUAUUGCUGUUCCGCCCUUUAAUGAUGUCGAUGUUUUUUCUAUUGAUCUUGGUUUGAUUGCAAUUGUUGAUCAAGCUACCCAAUUGGUGAAGGGCUACAAUAUGUACGUUGGUGGUGGUAUGGGUACCACGCAUAACAACAAAAAAACGUACCCAAGAACAGGUUCUUCCUUUGGUUUUGUUGAGCCGGAUGAUGUCCCAAGAGCUAUUGAAUGUGUGAUGAUUGUCCAAAGAGAUCAUGGUGAUCGUAGUAAUCGUAAACAUGCCCGUUUAAAAUACACCAUUGACGAUAUGGGUGUUGAAAUUUACAAACAAAAAGUUGAAGAACUUUGGGGCAAAAAAUUUGGUCCAGAACAAUCUUACAAAUUCAAAUCCAAUAUUGAUUACUUUGGUUGGGUUAAAGACGAAACUGGUUUAAACCAUUAUACUUGCUAUAUCGAAAACGGGAGAGUUGAAGACACACCGGAUUAUCCACAAAAAACUGGAUUGAAGAAAAUUGCACUAUAUAUGAAAAAUAACAAUGUUGGUCAUUUCAGAUUAACCGGUAAUCAACAUGCGCUAAUAUCUGGAAUUACCGAUGAACAUUUGCCCUCAAUCAAAAAUUUGUUGAAAAAGUAUAGAUUAGAUAAUACAGACUUAUCUGGUAUUAGAUCAUCAAGUAGUAGUUGCGUUGGUUUACCAACUUGUGGUUUAGCUUUUGCAGAAAGUGAAAGAUAUAUUCCAACUCUUGUUGAUAAGUUGGAAACUAUCCUGGAAGAAUAUGGGUUGCGCCGUGAUAGUAUUGUUUUCAGGGUUGUAGGUUGUGGUAACGGUUGUGCUCGUCCCUUCCUUGCAGAAGUUGCUUUAGUUGGUAAAGCACCAGAAACUUAUAAUUUGUUAUUAGGGGGUGGUUACUGUGGUGAAAGAUUAAACAAGUUAUUUAGAUCUUCUAUUAAAGAAGAUGAAAUAUUGGCUACUCUAAAACCAUUAUUUAAAAGAUGGGCCUUGGAAAGACAAGAAGGUGAACAUUUUGGUGAUUUUUGUAUUAGGGCGGGUAUUAUAAAGCCUACUCUAGAAGGUAAGUAUUUCCACGACGAUGUAGAUGAAGCUGCUUUGUAG